AUGAUAUUGGCAACGGCGAGAGACAGCAGUGAGCCUGAAAUGAUUGAACUAAUCUUGACGCAUUUUGAUUCCGUCGCAGCCAAUGGAUUUGAUAAAAUUUUGGUCCUUGGGGCAACCUUGGAGUCACCAGGAGUAUGGGCGUGGGAUGGCGAUAAUUGUCCAUUCUACACAACCGCUGACGGUUGUUUGCAACCUGGAGGAUACUUCUGGCUUCCAAACGAACCAAAUGAUUUAAGCGGAACAGCCACCGGUCUAGAAGUUGCUAUUGAUUCGAGACUGCAGUCAAACGAAAAUCUUGGGUGGAACGAUUUCCAACCCCAGAAUCUUCGGAUUGGACUAUAUGAAAAGCCGCUCUCGUCGUCUUGCAAAAGACAAGCUUACUACAUCGCCCCUUCAAUGGCAUAUGCUGGACACCUUGCUAAAUCUGCUCAAAUGGGUUUGAGCUUGGCCAAGGUCAAGAAUCAAGAUGAUCACGAUUGCAUCAAAGAAAUAGCAGCAGUUCUUGGUGAUGCUAGGUACUGGCUUGAUUGGAGGCAAUGA